AUGAUUGCGGACCCCGCGCUUUUCUACCUAUUAGUCCCAUUGGCCGUGAUCCCGAUCCUUUUUUUCAUCUACAGAAUGUGGUGAGUUUUUUUUUCAUUUUACAAAUAUUGUUCAUCCACCGGUAGCUUGGGCCAAAAAGUACCUUUUAUCUUUCAUGUAAACUUUAAUGAAAUGCAAUACAAACUCAUUUUUUCUAAUCGUCUGCGCCCUCUUUCUCUCAAAAGUUUGAGAGGUAAAGAGGGCGCAGGUGUAUAGAAUUUCUAAGAUGGUGGUGAAUGAUGUAUGAUCCUAAAAUAGAAAUAAAUUUCAAGUUUGAUAUUUAGCAAGCGGAAAAAGUCGUUCGUGAACCCCGGCUAUCCACAUCCACCUGCAGUUCCUGGUGAGUUUUUCGAUUUUUUUUUUCCAGCUGUUUUCUGACAUUUCGUUCUAAACGAUGAUAUCAAGUGAAAAAGUUAUUUUGGUAUGAAUUUUAAUGUCAUCAUAGCGUUAUUCUACACGUCUAGGUAGCAAAAGGAGUUUAGAAAGAUCAAAAUGACAUGAUGGUUCAUUGUCUAGCAAUGUUGACCGCCAAAUUCUAGACCAAUGUUCGAUCCGGCGCACCAAUGUCUAUGUUUGCAAAAACCAAUGUUUCCAUUCUGACCAUCAUGGAGGCUUAUUCUAACUAUAUUUCGUUUUAUAGAACAGUGGCUAUCAGUCUUGACUCUUAAUCUAGGAACCCAAUUACAAUCUUUCUCAACCCAAUUUCUUUUUUUUCAAUCUUAAUUCAAGCUGCCAAUGAUUAGAAGCGGAGUUUCUUUUUUCGAAAAUGCAUAUUCUCAACCCAAAACUCAACGGAACCAUUUUUUUGUACUGAGAGCUCAGAAAGCCAAUUUGUUUCUCCAAAUGUCGUAGGGGAAGUUGAGCGCGGCCUCCGAUUGCGUAAAAGUUCUAAAUAGAGAUUGUAACCGACGCUACAAACUACGUAAUGACGCCUUCACUUGUACAUUUUUUUGAAUCCGGGCUUUUUACUCCGGUGUUCUUACAUCACGAUUUUAUUGGAAUAGUUAAAAAUUACAGAGUCCAUGGGAACCUUUUUACUUAUACUUCCUCAUUGAAUUUGCCGUCGUUUGUUUCAGUUCACAUGAUUACAUAAUUUCUCCAAAAAUUUGAAAAAAAAACGAUCUAAUUAAAAAUUUCCUAGCAGCGAUAUUCCGAUUACUUGAGCAAUACUGAGUAAUAAAGCUGAUAUAAAUACCUUACAAUAGCUACUGGCUGAUUUUUUUCUGGUUGCUUGCUCGGAAACCGUUGAACAUAUGAACCAUUCAGAGAAUAGAACUAAACAAUUUCAAGUUUCACCUGCCAUUCCUAACCUUUAGACAAGUCUCGUGACAAGGAAAUACGUCUGCAUUCAACUGAUAUAAUUUCUUACAACAUGACUUUGAAGGGAAUUUAAAAUUAAUUGAAAUUUCCCAUUUUUCAGGUCCACUACCAUUUCAACCAGGGCCGAACGAUCAAGCGCCACCAUACAAUUAUGCACUGCAAAUGAACACUAGCAGUAUAUUUGCGAUAACAGGUUAGCGCAGUGGAUUAGGAUUUCGGCUACGAGUAGAAAAGUUGUGAGAUCAAUUCCCGGUGCGGAUUUUGUUGAAACCCGUUUUGCUUAAAACGUCCUCAACUUUAGCAAGCGGUUAAGGACUCCCUGAAAACUGGCCAGAAUAUUCCUUGAUGUACAUGGUAAAAAUACCAAAAACCUCAACUGAGGGAUGAAGGCUCGAAGUCAAAGAAAAUCAUCAAAAACUGUCCAGAUGGACUAAUCUCAGACUUUGGGUCCCCUUUUCUCAAAAAAUAAGGAGUGUUGCCGGUUGAGACCUUCAGGGCUAUUACCUCCUGGUACAUCGAAAAGAUCUCAGAAAAACGAAGGUUCAAUUACCUUCCUUGCCAGAUCGCUUCUACAUAACUAUAGUCAAUGUUUCACGACUUGAAAGGCGAGGGAGGCGGGCAAAGGGGCGGGACGCGUAGCGUGUGCGUGCGCGGUUCUUGGCACGAGUUCAAUUCACUUUCAAUUCAACCGCCAGCGACUCUUUGGAAAGCCCGUUUUUCGCUCUUUUCAUUUCUUUUUCAAUUAUUUAUUGAUUAUGUUCAUGUGUGCAUCAAAAAAAAAUUGAAAACAUUGAAAAAGAGCGGUUGCCGUGCUUUUUAAAUAGUCCGCGACAAUUGAAUUGAACUCGUGCCAAGAACCGCGAACGCACACGCUACGCGUCCCGCCCCCUGCCCCGCCUCCUUCGCCAAUCAAGUCGGGAAACAUUGACUAUAAAAGGUCCAACUUUAUUCAAAGAUCAAUGAGGACCCUUAGAAUCGAAUUGGAAAAAAAGAUAGGAAAAGCCGCAACAUUUGAAGCCUAAAGUUACAGUAAUCUCUCUCAAACCUAAUCCAUUUCGUUUCAGAACCCAACAUGACGCCGUACCUCCAGAUGAGGUGCGCCAACGACGACUGUUACCCACCCAAUUUCGUCGUCUCACCUUUCGAACCGCCUCCACCAUACCCAGGACUCGAAAAAACUCCCAAAGACCCAUCUAUCGUUUGA